UUGAGAGGACGGUAGGCGGCGGAUGGGAGAGCUGGCGCAGCUGCCGUGGUGGCAGUGGCUGAACUAGCUGCAGCUGCGGCGGCUGCGGCGGCAGCAACAGCUUCGGGCUCUAGGUUUUGGCGGCGGCGCCGGAGGGCUGGGCUGCGCGGUGCGGACCCCGGCGUGUGCUCCGGGUUGCUGGGGCGGCGCGUAAGAUGCCUCUCAUGGAGGAGUUUCUGAGCAGCACCUCUGGUCCAGUGACUUUGAAAGGGAGCUCAAACCAGAGAGUGUUUCAAGCCCUGGACGUCACAUCCUGAGGGCCACAGGAGAAGAGAACAUGGCUGUGAGUUUGGAUGACGACGUGCCCCUCAUCCUGACCUUGGACGAGGGUGGCAGUGCCCCACUGGCUCCCUCCAACGGCCUGGGCCAAGAAGAGCUACCUAGCAAAAAUGGCGGCAGCUAUGCCAUCCAUGACUCCCAGGUACCCAGUCUCAGCUCUGGGGGUGAGAGUUCCUCCUCCAGCCCCGCACACAACUGGGAGAUGAAUUACCAAGAGGCAGCAAUCUACCUCCAGGAAGGCGAGAACAAUGACAAGUUCUUCACCCACCCCAAGGAUGCCAAGGCGCUGGCGGCCUACCUCUUUGCACACAAUCACCUCUUCUACCUGAUGGAGCUGGCCACAGCCCUGCUGCUGCUGCUGCUCUCCCUGUGCGAGGCCCCUGCUGUCCCUGCGCUCCGGCUUGGCAUCUACGUCCACGCCACCCUGGAACUGUUCGCCCUGAUGGUAGUAGUGUUUGAACUCUGCAUGAAGUUACGCUGGCUGGGCCUCCACACCUUCAUCCGGCAUAAACGGACCAUGGUCAAGACCUCAGUGCUGGUGGUGCAGUUCGUCGAGGCCAUCGUGGUGUUGGUACGGCAGACGUCCCACGUGCGGGUGACCCGGGCACUGCGCUGCAUCUUCCUGGUGGACUGUCGGUAUUGCGGCGGCGUCCGGCGCAACCUGCGGCAGAUCUUCCAGUCCCUGCCGCCCUUCAUGGACAUCCUCCUGCUGCUGCUGUUCUUCAUGAUCAUCUUCGCCAUCCUUGGUUUCUACUUGUUCUCCCCUAACCCUUCAGACCCCUACUUCAGCACCCUGGAGAACAGCAUCGUCAGUCUGUUUGUCCUUCUGACCACAGCCAAUUUCCCAGAUGUGAUGAUGCCCUCCUACUCCCGGAACCCCUGGUCCUGCGUCUUCUUCAUCGUGUACCUCUCCAUCGAGCUGUACUUCAUCAUGAACCUGCUUUUGGCUGUGGUGUUCGACACCUUCAAUGACAUCGAGAAACGAAAGUUCAAGUCUUUGCUGCUGCACAAGCGAACCGCCAUCCAGCAUGCCUACCGCCUGCUCGUCAGCCAGAGGAGGCCCGCCGGCAUCUCCUACAGGCAGUUUGAAGGCCUCAUGCGCUUCUACAAGCCCCGGAUGAGUGCCAGGGAGCGCUAUCUUACCUUUAAGGCCCUGAAUCAGAACAACACACCCCUGCUCAGCCUAAAGGACUUUUAUGAUAUCUACGAAGUUGCUGCUUUGAAGUGGAAGGCCAAGAAAAACAGAGAGCACUGGUUUGAUGAGCUUCCCAGAACGGCGCUCCUCAUCUUCAAAGGCAUUAAUAUCCUUGUGAAGUCCAAGGCCUUCCAGUAUUUCAUGUACUUGGUGGUGGCAGUCAACGGGGUCUGGAUCCUCGUGGAGACGUUCAUGCUGAAAGGUGGGAACUUCUUCUCCAAGCACGUGCCCUGGAGUUACCUCGUCUUUCUUACCAUCUAUGGGGUGGAGCUGUUCCUGAAGGUCGCCGGCCUGGGCCCUGUGGAGUACCUGUCCUCCGGAUGGAACCUGUUCGACUUCUCCGUGACGGUGUUUGCCUUCCUGGGACUGCUGGCGCUGGCCCUCAACAUGGAGCCCUUCUAUUUCAUCGUGGUCCUGCGCCCCCUCCAGCUGCUAAGGUUGUUUAAGUUGAAAGAGCGCUACCGCAAUGUGCUGGACACCAUGUUCGAGCUUCUGCCCCGGAUGGCCAGCCUGGGCCUCACUCUGCUCAUCUUUUACUACUCCUUCGCCAUCGUGGGCAUGGAGUUCUUCUUCGGGAUCCUCUUCCCCAACUGCUGCAACACGAGUACAGUGGCAGACGCCUACCGCUGGCGCAACCACACCGUGGGCAACAGGACCGUGGUAGAGGAAGGCUACUACUAUCUCAAUAAUUUUGACAACAUCCUCAACAGCUUUGUGACCCUGUUCGAGCUCACAGUGGUCAACAACUGGUACAUCAUCAUGGAAGGCGUCACCUCUCAGACCUCCCACUGGAGCCGCCUCUACUUCAUGACCUUUUACAUCGUGACCAUGGUGGUGAUGACGAUCAUUGUCGCCUUCAUUCUUGAGGCCUUCGUCUUCCGAAUGAACUACAGCCGCAAGAACCAGGACUCAGAAGUUGAUGGUGGCAUCACCCUUGAGAAGGAAAUCUCCAAAGAAGAGCUGGUCACUGUCCUGGAGCUCUACCGGGAGGCACGGGGCGCCUCCUCAGACGUCACCCGGCUGCUGGAGACCCUCUCCCAGAUGGAGAGAUACCAGCAACAUUCCAUGGUGUUUCUGGGACGGCGCUCAAGGACCAAGAGCGACCUGAGCCUGAAGAUGUACCAGGAGGAGAUCCAGGAAUGGUAUGAGGAGCAUGCCAGGGAGCAGGAGCAACAGCGACAGCUCAGCAGCAGUGCAGCCUCUGCCACCCAGCAGCCCCCAGGCGGCCGCCAGCGCUCCCAGACCGUCACCUAGCCCAGCGCCCAAAAGCCAUCUCUACUAUGCAGUACCACAAUAGUAUCACUCUACGUCGACGUCCAGAACUGCGGCGUGUGUACACAAACGUAUAUGCACAUAUUUAUAUAGAGAAAGAAAGCAGACAGACGAGAGGGGGCUUGGUUUAUAACCACCUUGCCCUGUUUUCCUUAACUCCACAAGCCAGUUUGGUGAGGGGUGGGCUGCGGCUGCUAGGUCUGAGCUCUUCCUGCUGUGGAAGGCUCCAGAAGCCCCUUCCCAAGGAGACCCCUCACCUGGAUCCAGCCGACUCUGCGGGGCUUGCCUCCCGCAUGGGCCAGCCUCCACCGGCCACGUCCAAAGCUGCUUCAGGCUCACAUCUCCUGACCUGAUGGCAUCCCCACCCCUGCUGCCUGCGGCCCAUGCCACAGGUUCCUGUGUCUUACUUUAGGGACAGAACCACUUAGGAAGGAAAGAAGCCCGUCUCCAGGGUGGUGUUUCAAUGUAUAUGAUAAUGUCAUGGAAUGCUUCUUCGGGGACCAGUGCCCAGGACCUAAUGGAAAGAGGAACUGGGGUGAUUGUGCCCACGUGG